CUCAGCUUCUAUCACCCCCGCCUCCCUCCACAUCUCGUCCUACACACAAUGGCAGACAGGUUCCCUUCAUUAGACGAGUUCGACGCCGGCCACACCGAGGCACGCGGUGACGCCAACAUCGAUCUUGUAGGCGACGCGGCCGGCGCGGACGACUUCCUCUCCCGCGAGCGGGCAGUACUUGGCGACGACGCAGACCAAUUCGCGUCGGCAAACGACAAGCUAGCCACAGUCGAGGACGGCGACGAUGACCUGCUAGGCGGCGACUCGGCCUUCCAGGACAACACCGGCGGCGAGGAGAUGGCCGGGUUCGAGAGCUCUUUCCCAGCGAUUGACACCACCAACGAGCACAUGGCACCGGGGGGCACCAUCACCGGCUCAACACUCCCGUUCCUCCCCGGCCAGCCGCAGCCCUCCUUCACUCCCCUGCGGUCAGAUUCGCCCGAGCCUGAGGUCAUCCGCGAGUGGCGCGAGCGGCGCGAUCUGGCGAUCCAGCACCGCGACGAGGUAUCCCACGAGCGCAAGGCGCAGACAAUGGAGGAGGCGCGGCAGAACAUUGACGAUUUCUACGACAACUACAACAACAAGAAGGAGAAGGAGAUUGCCAAGACAAGGAGGGAGGCCGAGGAGUUCCUCGCGAACCGGGACGACACCACGGCGGGUGGCACGAGCUGGGAGCGCAUCGCGAAGCUGGUGGAUCUGAGCGGAAAGGGCGUGAAGGGCGGAGCCUCUGGAAGCGAGAAGCAGCGGUUCAGAGAGCUGCUCCUGAGCCUGAGGAAGGACGAGAAUGCACCUGGGGCGACCGGAUACUAGGCGCGAGCUGGCGAGGGUGGAGGAAGAGCGGCGAUACGGUGCAGCCAUUGCAGCAAGACUUUUUGGCAUGAGGCUCUUGCUGGAAGACAACCGGGCUUGCCGGCGUACCCUGGGUUGGCAUACAGUCAGUGGGAGUUAAUGGAUAGGUCAUAGGUGAUCUUUUCAUGCAAUUGCCUUAACAUCUCGCUUUCUUGCUCCAUCUCCAUGUUCUCAUUGCGCCAUGGUGAUUUACGUCGUCGCACAAGUCAUACAAGUCCAUGGAAGGGAGAUGUUAUAUUUCAGUGUCUGUUCGCUACGGUCUCGCGUUUGGGUAUGUAUUCUCGCCACUAUAUGAUCGCGCUGAUGGAUUUAG